GAGAUGCUCGCACUGCUGCUCCUCUCUGCCCUGCUCUGGGACCGGGCUGCAGCCUGGGGCUUCAGGGAUGGCGUGCUGCACAACUCCAUCUGGCUAGAGCGGGCGGCCGGCGUGUACCACCGCGAGGCGCGCUCCGGCAAGUACCGGCUGACCUUCGCCGAGGCCAGGGCCGUGUGCGAGUACGAGGGAGGACACCUGGCCACGCUGCAGCAGCUGGAGGCAGCUCGGAAAAUAGGUUUCCACGUGUGUGCUGCUGGCUGGAUGGCCAAGGGCAGAGUUGGCUAUCCCAUAGUAAAAGCUGGAGCCAACUGUGGCUUUGGCAAGACUGGGAUUGUUGAUUAUGGAAUUCGCCUCAACAGGAGCGAGAGGUGGGACGCCUACUGCUACAACCCCAACGGAAAAGAGUGUGGUGGAGUCUUCACGGAUUCCAAACACGUUUUCAAGUCUCCAGGCUACCCGAACGAGUACGAGAACGAGCAAGUGUGCUACUGGCACAUCCGGGUCAGGUACGGGCAGAGGAUCCACCUGCAGUUCCUGGAGUUCGAUGUGGAGGAUGACACGGCCUGCCUGGCUGACUUCCUGGAGGUCUACGACAGCUAUGAUGAUGUCAAUGGAUUUGUGGGCAGGUUUUGUGGAGAUGAGUUGCCAGAUGACAUCAUUAGCACAGGGAAUGUGAUGACGCUGAAGUUCCUGACGGACGCCUCGGUGACCGCAGGGGGGUUCCAGAUCCGCUACUCCACCCUGGACACGCCUGCCCCAGCCAAAAAUGCCUCAGCCCAGGGCAAAAGCACCUUCGUGGCUGGAAAAUUUGGGAUUAUGUGA